AUGAAUCCAGCCAAUCAGAACAAUUUCCAAGAAUUGGAAAUAGCAUUCAAUUUAUUGGCCAGAUACAUUCCAUACUGGAAAGAUUUCAAGCAGACUGCAACAGCUACGGAAAUUUUAGUCCUGGCUCAAAGAUACAUCGAGCACUUGAAGGAUGUUCUUGAUGGGGUACAAACGUAUGAUGUGAAAACCGGAAAAACUCGAAACUUGGCUAUGGAAGACUUCAAAAACGGGGUUGGAUAUGAGUUGGAGCAGUUGCGUGAGCCAAGUAGAAAGCGUCGGGCGACGGAGCACGAACUGGAGCCAGAGCCAACCACUCUACAAUACGUCAUAACGAAGAAAAAGAGACCCAGCUGUUGUACCUGA